CGAAGACACAACUAGUUACAUUAUACGACAAACAGGACUGGGUAACCAACUCUCUUAGAUCUUUGUUUCCAAACGGCCGUCGCGCAUUUCCUGCACGCCAUCCCACACCUACAUACAGAGUGCAUACAUUGUACCUGUACAUUGUACUGUACAUUGUAUACUGCAGUACAUACAUACAUACAUUACAGUUCUUGCUCUAUACCCGCUUAGUCAUCGAGGAGGCACCAGUCAGUGCAGUGGCGGACUCGGGAAUCAGAAACUUAUGUAAUCAGGCCAGAGUUGAGUCACUCCCCACUUCAACCCACCCUUUUAUAUUGAGAGAGACAAGAGCAAAGCUUAUCUCACUCUCUAUUUCGCUCUCUCUCUCUCUUCUCUCCGUGUGUGCGCCUCUCGACAGAUUACACACUGCUGAACUGAGGAACGGGAAAAGGAAAAAGAAAAGGCAAAACGUCCUACCUAGAAUAGAAUUGCGCCGCAACUCCCAAUACAAUACCCCACAGACACCGCAUGUGCAUUCUUCCACUCACUCUCUCGAUUAUACGCCGCUACGGAUUGGAGUUGGAAUUGAAAUCGAAUUGAAUUCUUCCAUUCGUCCUAUACCAUCCUCGGAUUUUCGGAUUUGCUUUCGACAGCUCCAUUCCAUUCCACCCCGCACACAACACACACAACACACGCCCUCCCCCACACAAACUAUCGCAAAGCCCGUGACAUAUUCGUGAGCCGGCAAUGGAGAAGAUAAAGCAGACAUUCGCGCAAUGCAAGAAGGAGAAGCGCUGUGCGCUCGUCGCCUAUGUUACAGCUGGUUACCCCGAGAAGCAUGACACCCCAGAUGUCAUGCUCGGGAUGGAAGCUGGUGGGGCUGAUUUGAUCGAGCUGGGUAUGCCUUUCACAGAUCCUAUCGCCGACGGUCCUACCAUCCAAAGAGCCAACACGCAAGCGUUGAAGAAUGGUGUGACCGUUACGUCGGUGCUGGAUAUGGUGCGCACCGCGAGGAGCCGGGGGCUGAGGAUUCCCGUAUUGCUCAUGGGAUACUAUAACCCGUUGCUCCAGUACAAGGAGGAACGAAUGUUGAAGGACGCGAGGGCGGCUGGCGUAAAUGGAUUCAUCAUGGUUGAUCUUCCACCUGAAGAAGCGCUACGAUUCCGGGAUCUGUGCCGGAGGGAGGGGUUAUCUUACGUUCCACUGAUUGCACCCGCCACCUCCGAUUCUCGAAUGAAAUUACUCUGCAAGAUCGCUGAUUCCUUCAUUUAUGUCGUUUCUCGAAUGGGUGUUACAGGUGCAACUGGGAAACUAAGCGAAGGACUCCCGGAGCUCCUUGCCCGGGUCCAUUCCUACUCGGGAAACAUUCCCACUGCGUUAGGGUUCGGCAUUAGCACAAGAGAACAUUUCCUCAAGGUGCAGGAGAUCUCUGAAGGCGCCGUCAUCGGUAGCCAGAUGAUCAACGUUCUGAGUGAAGCACCUCCUGGCCAACGAGCCCAGAAGAUCGAAGAAUAUUGCACUAGUAUCACUGGCAGGAAAGUGGAACGUAACACAGAGGCCGAGCCUAUGACUCGAGAAGUGGGACUUACUGAAGCUCUUGCUCACGCCCAGGAGCCAAGGAACGCCCAAGUCGACAAGGCGAUCGAUAAUGGCGAAAACGAGUCUGGAGCCGGACUAGCUGAUCAGCUGGAAGCGCUCAAUGUGACCGGAGAUCAGGCCGCAAUGCCUGCCCGUUUUGGCGAGUUUGGUGGCCAGUACGUGCCAGAGUCCCUCAUGGACAGCCUGUCAGAGCUUGAAGCAGGAUUCAAUGAGGCUAGGAAUGACCCCAAAUUCUGGGAAGAGUUUCGGUCGUACUAUCCAUAUAUGAGUCGACCAAGCAGCCUGCAUCUUGCAGAACGCCUGACCGAAUAUGCUGGUGGAGCCAACAUCUACCUCAAGCGUGAAGACCUGAAUCACACAGGAAGCCACAAGAUCAACAACGCGCUCGGCCAAGUUUUGAUAGCACGCCGCCUCGGCAAAAAGCGAAUCAUCGCAGAGACAGGGGCUGGCCAGCAUGGUGUGGCCACAGCUACCGUCUGCGCGAAAUUUGGCAUGGAGUGCGUCAUCUACAUGGGUGCUGAAGACGUCCGUCGCCAAGCCCUGAACGUCUUCCGCAUCAAACUCCUCGGAGCCAAAGUUGUCGCCGUUGAAGCGGGCUCGCGCACCCUCCGUGAUGCCGUCAACGAAGCACUCCGCGCUUGGGUCGUUCAUCUCGAUACAACUCACUACGUCAUUGGCUCUGCCAUCGGACCACAUCCUUUCCCCACCAUCGUCCGCACUCUCCAAUCCGUCAUCGGUGAAGAGACCAAGGAACAAAUGCUAAAGCUCACAGGCAGGCUACCCGACGCCGUCGUCGCCUGCGUGGGUGGUGGUAGCAACGCCGUCGGCAUGUUCUACCCCUUCUCCAAGGACCCCACCGUCAAGCUCCUCGGCGUCGAAGCCGGCGGCGACGGCACGGACACCGCCCGCCACUCCGCGACCCUCUCGCACGGCUCCAAGGGUGUCCUGCACGGUGUGCGCACCUACAUCCUGCAAAACGAAGACGGCCAGAUCGCAGACACGCACUCCAUCUCCGCCGGCCUCGACUACCCCGGUGUUGGACCGGAGCUUUCGUCCUGGAAGGACGAUUCCCGGGCGCGCUUCAUUGCUGCGACUGAUGCAGAGGCGUUACAGGGUUUCCGGCUCAUAACCGAGCUGGAGGGUAUCAUCCCUGCGCUGGAGUCGUCGCAUGCGGUGUUUGGUGCGGUGGAGCUGGCGAAGACGAUGGAGAAGGGGACGAAUAUUGUGCUUAAUCUGAGUGGGCGGGGGGAUAAGGAUGUGCAGAGCGUGGCGGAUGCUUUGCCGGAGUUGGGGCCGAAGAUUGGAUGGGAUUUGAGGUUUUGAGAAGUGGUGAGGGUGAAGCAGGAUGGUUUGUGUUGUUUCAUGUUUUGAUUUGACGAGGGAAAGGAAAAAGCAAAAUUUUCUCUGAGUUGGUGGGGUAUUUUUUUAGAUAGAUUAUAUAUCUGAGAAAUUUUUUGGAUAAAUAGACAAUAUCCGUAUAGCUAUUUGUUGCGUAGCUUUUUGCUAAUCGCACAGUGCCAUGUACACGUACUUGGUUAUUAUCUAUUGCUCGAGUAAAAGAAGGAAGUAUGAAAGUGAAGCAUUUGGAACUAACUCCACAUCUGGGAAGGUAGUUGAGGUUUUCAUUAUGCCUUUAAUUAUGAAACAGUAUCUGCAGGUACAUAUUCAAAUUAACUAACCUUCGCAGGUAUGUAUCUUAACAAGAAAAACAGUGUCACUAAUGUUAGAGGAAACGGGUAAAGUACAGCUGUGUUUUAUUGAUCUGAAAGAAACUUGUUGUUGGCAACCAUUUUGAGACAGCUAGCUAUGCCACCACCAGCGCAUACACUCUCAAUCACAGCAACGUCCGCCAGAGCCUCACGGGGACUCCCAGCCCUAUCCCCCUUACCAGCAGCAAUUGCUUGUACAAAAGCACGGAUCUCAUUCACAUUCCCAUCCGCCGGGAAGACUUCCUCAGAAACAACGUUGCGAUCCCCUCCCUCAACACGAACCGUCGUAUCAACGCCUGCACACUUAACAGUCAACACACCCGCGGUGCCGAUAAAGACAAAGUCCGCAAUAUACGUCGCGGCCGCAAAGGAUAUACUCAGCGUCCCCUGCGCACCCUUCGAGAACCUCAGCGCAGCAUUAACGGUAUCAAGGGGCCGCAGGUGCGGCGCGAACUGGGCCGUGAAGCUCUUCGUCUCGACAAUCUCCUGACCGGCAACCAUGCGCACCAGCGCAACGAAAUGAACACCCGCAUCCAGGACGAAGCCGCCCUGGUACCCGGGCUCAGCGCGCCAGGCGGUUUGAAAGUACUUGUUCUCCGGCGCCAUGCUGGUCGCGACGCGCGCGUGGACAUGGUGCAGCUCACCGAUCGUGCCGCUAGCGACGACCUCGCUAGCCUUGAGAAACCCGGUGUCAUAGCGGAACUGCUCUGCGACCGAGAACACCAGGUUGCGCGGCGCGUAGGUGGUUUCAUACUCGGUGAUCAGGGCGCGGCCGGUGGCUAUGUCCUUUGCAAUGGGCUUUUCGGCCAGGACAUGUUUGCCUGCUGCGAGGCAUUUGCGGACGACGGCGGGCAGGACGAGGAUGGGAAGCAGGACGAUGACUGCCUCGAUGUCUGGGCGCUGGAGGAGUUCAUCGAGCCCGUGGCCGGGCUUCUCGUCGGAAUAUACAUCGAUGGGAGUAGUGGUGUUGUUUAGGGCCUCGACUACCGAGUUUGCAGAAUUCUCGGAACGAGAGUACACAGCUAGGACUUUUGCUGCGGCAUUUUUGAGUAUCGCGGGGACGUGGGCUGUGGAGCGGGGCCGUUGUUUAGUAUUUCCAUAGGUGCUUUAUAGGGAUAAUAUCACGGAGCAUAAAUAUCUAAGCUGACCUUCCCUCGCAAAGAUGCCGGCGCCCAAGAGCGCGAUUCCAACCAUUAUUUACUGCUUCUGCUCCCAAAGGAAAGGGAUUGGAUGUUGAGCUUUUGAAUAUGGGAGUAUCCUGGAAGCAGGAGGUAGAUAGGUCAGCUUACUUAUCUGAGCCAUUCAAAGAGCCAUUGGAUAUCAACCUGAACUAUAAGCAUGUAAAGGCUAUUCAUGGAUUAGGAAGUCCGGAGCGCCCCGCAUUACCGCCGAGGGCAAUGUCGGAUAUUCCGUCGUUUAAAUCGAAGAAAC